AUGGCGACAGCUAGAGAGAAGGCGACGCGGCUGGUUGAGCUUCUCAACACGAAAGGCCAAGGUGACUACAUCGGGGAGCCGAUCUCCCAAUUAGCGCACUCGCUGCAAGCAGCACAUCUGGCCAAGACCAACAAUGCCGACGAAGAGACUGUGAUUGCGGCGUUGCUGCACGAUAUCGGCCAGUUUCUUCCAGCGUCUGAGGUGCAAGCUAUCGCGCACGAGGUCCGCGAUAUGAACUCUCAAGAUGAUGCAUCGGCGGGCGGCGUUGGCAGAGUUGGCCAUGAGCGGAUCGGUGAAGAGUACCUUCUCAAGUAUGGCUUCUCGCAGAAAGUCGCUGCGCUGGUUGGGAGCCAUGUUGCCGCCAAGCGAUAUCUUUGUGCCACCGACCCCGGCUACCACGAUACGCUGUCCGAAGCCAGCAAGAAGUCGUUGAUGUUCCAGGGUGGCCCAAUGAAGGGUGCCGAGCUGGACGGGUGGGCUGCCAACCCGUGGUGCUCAGAGAUGUGCCAACUGAGGAAGUGGGACGACGGGGCGAAGAUUGUUGGCUUGGAGGUAGCACCGGCUGAGUCUUAUGAAGCCACAAUGGCGAGGCUGUUGGCGGCGUAG